GACUAACUAAGGAAAAAGAAGAAGAAGAAAAAGAAGAAGAAAAAGGAGAGGAGGAGGAGGAGGAGGAGGAAGAAGAAGAAGAAGAAGAAGAAGAAGAAAAAGAAGGAGAAAAAGAAUAA